GAAAACAGCAAACACCAUUUUUCAUCGGUAUUUCUGUGACGCAGCGAACGUGAGUGGUUUCUGGGCGAUCGGUGUCAGAGGUUAGAGAGACUGAAAAGGAAAACAAGGAAUCGCCAUGAGCGAGUUAAGCCAAGAGGAAGUAAGAAGAAGGCGAAUGGUCCGUUUAGCAGGCCUGAAUUGCUUUACUGUGACCAGUAUUUUAGGUCCGAAUACUGGUCCAGUUUCUCCAAGCACACCAGGUCCAUCGAGAGCAUUUUCUGGACAAAUAAUAUCUCCAUCGAAACAGCAGCAAUUUCAAAGUCCUGAAAUGCAGAUGGAAGUAGAAGAAAACAAUGAUAAGCAAUGUACUUCUGGGGUAGAUGUAGACUCAGGAAUUGAAAAUAUGGAAGUCGAAGAGUCGGAUAGAAAAGAUUCAAAAUCCAGAUCACGUACUACAAGUUCUAGCACAGAGGUAACUAUAGAACAAAUACAUUCUGUGGUGUCACGUGUACUAUGCAUAUCAUGGAAAGAACCGACAGAGGGUACCAUAUUCCUACCACAAACUGCGUCGUAUACAUCGACGCAAAAGCUUGUUGAUGCUCCCGCAAUUAUCAAUCAAGCGUUAAUGGAAAUUCUGUGCAUGUUCACAAAAGGUGAUAAUCCUUUAAAACACAUAUAUGUAGAGACGUCAUCGGAUCGGGAGGAUAGUCCUAUUAGGCAAGCCUGUCUUUCAUUGAGCCCAUUCGCGUUAUUUUGCCGUUGUAGUAUUUGUUGUGAAACGUCGCAUCCUAAGAGUCUCAUCUAUUUACUAGACUGUUAUUCAAGAGUCGCAGUUGAAGAACGAAAUCACCCAAAGAAAUCAAGUACACCGCCACUCUCCGAUAUACUAGCUGUGUUGAGAGCACAGUGUGUUCAAUACUCCAGUCUUGUACUGCAAGGCCUGAUCGGCAUUAAUCAGUCCUCGAUGCCGCAUCAUUUGUCCAUGCCGCCACUUCUAUAUCCAAUACUAUCGCAGAGUCUACCUCGGGGUUAUUUACACGAACUAGUGGCGAGAACACACACGAAUCUAGCAGUAUUCAAUAAAAUUUUUACUCCGCUGUUACAAGGUUUAUAUCUUUCGAUGCAACAAGUCAGUUUGGUCGGAAACACGCAUCGAAUGCCGAUCGAAGCAUUGGAAGAGUUAAUAGAAAUUCGUUGUGGCCCGACCAGUAACAUACGGCCGAUCUGCCGUUUAAUUACUCAUCAAAUUCAAUUUUUGCCCGAUAUUAUGACGUCAGCAGCUGGUAGAGAGCUUACAAUAACAUCUUAUCUGGGUCCUUUCCUGUCAGUUUCUGUGUUCGCUGAGGAUCAACCGGAUGUGGUUGAAAAAUUCUUUAGCGGCAAUCCAUUCGUCUAUAAGUCGAUGAAUUUAACGUUGCAACAAGAGUUGGAAAGUACUAGAACGUCGCUUCACAAAAUGCUGCACGCGAUACUCGCGAAUAGUAACUGCCGUGACGCUAUGUUAACGUACUUGUCGACCUUGCUACGUCACAACGAGAAACGUGCUCAAAUACAAACAGAAGAGUUCUCUCUCGCUGGAGACGGAUUUAUGUUGAAUCUAUUGUCAGUUCUACAAAUGCUUUCUGUGAAAAUCAAAUUAGACACAAUCGAUCCGUUAUAUCCGUUUCAUCCGUCGAGUUUCGUUGAAAUUAAAAACGAGACGAGACUGAAACUUACGUCCCACGAAGUCGCCGAAUGGUUGAAAUACUUGGAAAGGACGCACAAGUGGGUCGAAGCAAAGUUUCCGACGCAAUGUUGGUUCCUCACCCUGCAUUGCCACCAUAUAGCGUUGUUACCAGCUCUACAAAAAUACAGGAGAAAGCUGAGGAAUUUACGCGAUACCCAGAAAAUGCUUGACGAGUUACAAGCCACCGAACCGCAAUGGAAAGACACACCUUUCGCAGAACGCAAUAAAGACUUAAUAAAACGUUGCAAAGAGCAAUUGAAACAACUUGGUAAAUCCAAGUCUUGUACAGACGUUGGAUUAAUCGAUCCUGUAUUAUUGAGGAGAUGUUUGCAUUUUUACAUUUCCGUAGCGGAAGUUCUGUUGAGUCUGUUAACUCAAACUCCACCAGGGAAUCCUCUUCCAGAACUUCCUUUAAUGCACGAAAUCCCACAAAAGUUUACAGCGCUACCAGAAUGGUAUGUCGAAGAUAUUGCCGAAUUUUUAUCGUUUACUCUUCAAUUUAGUCCAGGCGUAGUAACAAGUAACAUGGAUAAUUCACUUAUUACAUGGUUACUUGUUGUAGUAUGUACCCCGCAUUGUAUACGAAAUCCAUAUUUAAUAGCAAAAAUUAUCGAAGUGCUGUUUGUGAUAAAUCCGAGUGUUCAGGGACAAACUGAAUCGCUACACGACCAAGUAAUGGCACAUCCUAUAUCGAAAACGUUAUUGGCGUCGUACCUUAUGAAGUUCUAUACCGAUGUUGAAACGACUGGCUCUAGUUCCGAAUUUUAUGAUAAAUUUUCUAUUCGUUAUCACAUUAGUUUAAUAUUAAAAUCUAUGUGGGACAGCCCAGUACAUCGGGAGUCGAUCAUUAAUGAGAGCAAUAAUGGCAAGCAAUUCGUGAAGUUCAUUAACAUGUUAAUGAACGACACUACCUUUUUACUCGACGAAAGUUUAGAGGCGUUGAAACGUAUUCACGAAAUACAAGAACUGAUGUCUGAUCUUAGAGCGUGGGCAAGGCUAUCGAACGAACAGCAACAUUCGCGGAUGAGGCAAUUAGCGGCAGACGAAAGACAAGCCAGGUCGUAUCUCACUCUGGCCAAGGAGACUGUUGCCAUGUUUCAUUAUUUAACAGUCGAUAUCACGGAACCAUUUCUGCGGCCAGAGUUGGUGGGAAGGUUGUGUGCCAUGUUAAACUUUAAUUUACAACAGUUGUGCGGUCCUAAAUGCAAAAAUCUAAAAGUACGAGAACCACACAAGUACGGAUGGGAACCUAGAGCUUUACUUAGUCAAUUGGUCGACAUAUAUUUACAUCUUGAUUGCGAUAACUUUGCGGCCGCUGUGGCCAGUGAUGAACGCUCAUUUUGCAAGGAAUUAUUUACGGACGCAGCGAAUAGGCUAGAGAGGUCAGUGAUCAAGACUACGACAGAGAUCGAAAGAUUUAUAGCGCUCGCGGAACGUGCUGCGGUCAUUGCUAGAGAUAAUCGUGCACGCGACGAAGAUUACGGUGAUGCGCCUGAAGAAUUUCGAGAUCCACUUAUGGAUACCCUCAUGGAAGAUCCUGUCAAACUUCCGUCUGGUAUCGUCAUGGAUAAAGCAGUCAUUAUUAGACAUCUCCUUAACAGUUCCACAGAUCCUUUCAGUCGACAACCUCUCAGUGAAGAUAUGCUUACGCCAAUGCUCGAUUUAAAAGAAAGGAUAUCGAUGUGGAAACAACAAAAGAAAAAGUCCACAAAUAUAUAAAUUGUGAUUCCAAUUGCGACAUCGACUUCACGGAAACAUCACGAUAUCACGUAGCUGAUGUUGUACUACACGAUACAUUUCGCAAGCUCUUAGAUGUAUCAUUCUCGUGUGGUAAAUGAAUAUAGUGCAAUGAUCUCGCUAUUGUGCAAAUAUUGCGCUCAAUAAAUUUACGGUUUUUAUACAUUAAAACGUUAAACAGACUGCAGCUAGGUAACUGCCAACCAUUACUCCAAGAAUAAUACUUUUAAAAGAACUUGUAAAUAACUGCUGGCUGACACGUCAGCGCCCAGAGAAAUUAAAAUCUUAUCCACAAACUUAGCACUUGUUCCUUUGUACGUACUGGUGCAUGUGGCUGCGGGUAAAAGUUGAAAACAUAUCCCGCGUUCAAUUUUCAAAAAAACAAAUAACUAAGUUAAAAUGGCAUAGAAUUAGGACAUUUCCGUUCAUCUCCGUCUUCUAUCCAGAAUUCGGUAUUUAUGAACAAGAAGCAACAUUAUUUGAUGCAAAAUUUACCCAUAAGGUUUGUAUGAAAUAUUUCGAGAGAAAGUUGUUAUUGAAGUCUCGUUUUAGGUGUUAACAUGUAACGUGUUGCACGUGUGAGAGAAAAUCAUUUACAGCAAUUACGGCCCAUUUUAAAGAUCUACAUGGUAAAUGUAUCAUGCAUAUUCGUUCAAUAAAUUUCAUGAACAAAGAUACAUACAUGUAUCUAUGUACAUAUAUAGCAAUGUGUUAUUCGGAACUGUUCCAUCCAAUUAAGUAUUUUUUUUCUUUGUGCCGCGUGUAAUUUUUUAAAUAAUUCUUUCUCGAAUCUGAUACAAUAAAUUCAUACCCUUUUUUUCUUAUUAUUACAAAUUAAAGUGCUUAUUCGCUUAAACUAUAUUCUUUUUCUGUGUGUUCAUAAUUUUCGAAGUCGUAAGGAAUAUCAUUCGUACAGUCGUUUGAUAUUUUGGAAGAGAGUUGAUAUUUAAAUAUGCAAAAAUAUAUUAUGUAUCAAUGGUUAUUUAUAUCACUGUCAAGAUAUGUCAUUCAUCAAACAUAAGUAAAUUUCUGACAUUCCAAAAAUUUGAAGAGUAAUAUUGGACGUUUAAAAGUAUGUUUAUAUUCAUUAACUUUACACUGUUUUUAUAUCGAUUUAAAGUCUUUUUUGUAUGUUGCAUUUACAAAAUUAUAUUUUUACGUUCAACUUAAAUUUAUUAAUCAUUAACAUGAAAUAAAUUGAUCAUUGAAUAAUGUCAAACACCACUGCAAUUUUUAAGACAUUAGAAUACAUUUUAAUGUAGUUGUAAAUAUGAAUUACAAGAUAUUUCGCAUCAUAUAAUGUGGAAUUAAAAUUGCCUGUUGCAAUUUGUUGAAAUAAACAAAUUAUCAUUCGGAAUUGUAACAAAUCAUACGCAUUAUUGCAUUGUUAUCGAUAAUUUUUGUAGGUAUAAAUUUAAAAUUUCUACGAUCUACAAUAUGACUUUCACUGUUAUUCACAGACUGGAGGUAUAUAUUAUUUGUUAUCUUUUUAUUUUACGCAUUAUAAUCGAAAGGUUUGAUGUUUAGUUAUAUUCUCAAUGUAUCAAUGUUUUUAUUAUGUAACGAUAACUUUCAAUUUGUCAUAUAGAGAAAUUAAACGAGGCAUUCAAUAUAAUUGACGAUUAAGUACUGAAAAAAGAACAGCCACUGCAAUCCCAUAUUUGUAAAUAAUUUUAGUUUUCUCAUGUACUACUAAUAUUUGUAACAACAUUUUAUGUAAUGUCAAAGAAACUAAGAAUAACUCAUCUUUUGGAAAAUUCUUCGCAUCAUGUU